AUGUCUUCAAGAAGGUCAUUGACAUUACAUGAAAUUGCUACAGUUCUUGAGGAAGAUGAUGAUUUUAGCAACCAGAGACAAGAUUUUGAUAUUUUUUUACUUCCACCUGACACCGCCAAUGAUUACCAAACUGACGAGGACUCGGGUGAAGAAGAUAACGUCAGCAUAAAUAAUUUGCCUGGAAGUUUGCUUCGAGCUCCAGCGGAGCUUGCUGCCUCAACCUCAAUGGAAAAACCAGAAACUGAGGACCAAACCCCUCCCGAAUUUCAAGAACCUUUAAAAAAACGUGUCAUGAAUUACAAUUGGCGAAAACGAGACUUGCAGCUAAGACCUAUUGUUUGGAAACCCCUUUAUCAUACUCCUAUUGAAAGAAGCCCGAUAGAAUGGUUUUCUUUAUUAUUUUCAGAAGAAGUAUUUGAGAUGCUUACUAUUGAAACCAAUAGAUACUUAGCACAUACAUCCGAUAAAUUUGCAAAAGUUCGUCCUUUAUUAAAAGUUUUAACUAUGAGGUUUCUUGAGCACUGUCCACAUAAGGAGAAUCAUAGUGUUGAUGAGGCUAUGGUCCCAUAUUUUGGUCAUCACGGCUGCAAACAGUUUAUUAGAGGCAAGCCUAUAAGAUAUGGAUACAAAUUAUGGGUUGGUGCAACAUCAGGAGGUUACAUUGCAUGGUUUGAACCAUACCAAGGUGCUUCUACAUUUACGAAUGCCCAAUAUUCCCAGCUUGGUCUUGGUGCAAGUGUGGUUUUGUCUUAUGCAGAUCAACUAGCAACAUUAGGCUAUGGAAAAAACUACCAUCUCUUCAUAGAUAACUUUUUUACCGGUUUGCCUUUGGUUCAUGAACUUACUGAGAGGGGAUUUCGUGUAACUGGUACUAUCAGAGAAAAUAGAUCUGGAAAGUGCCCUCUAUUAAGUAACAAAGAAGCAAAGACAAAAGAAAGAGGCUUUUAUGAUUAUCGCAUAUCUGAUGAUAUUAUAAUUUGCAAGUGGCAUGACAAUAGUAUAGUGUCAGUAUGCUCUAAUGCAGUUGGUGUUGAUCCUGUCCACAAAACUGAACGCUAUUCUCAGCAACUAAAAAAGAAAAUAUCUGUUUCUCAACCUCAUCUCAUUCAACAAUACAAUAAAAAUAUGGGUGGAGUAGAUUUAUCAGAUCAGAAUAUAUCGUCAUUGCGAACUAGCAUUCGAGGAAAAAAGUGGUAUAUGCCUCUGAUUCUCCAUUGUAUAGACAUGUCUGUACAAAAUGCAUGGCUGCUGUACAGACAUAAUGGAGGGAAUAUCGACUUGCUAAACUUUCGACGUCGUAUUGCAAACUAUAUUAUCGAUUGUAAUAAACAACGCGAAAGGCCAGGUCCUAGUCGGCCAUCUUCAAUAACAUCAGACUCUCGAUACGACGGCAAAGAACACUAUGUCAGCAAGCAGGAAAAGAGGACCAGGCGCGUCAUUGAGAAAGAUUUAGCAAUAAUUGCAAUGUUACUAAAAGAAGAAGACCGGGAUAAAACAAAAAAGAGCAAAACACAUGUCCGUUUAUUCUAUGAUCAAGAAGAGAAAAUUAGAAGGAGAAUAUUGGACACUGUUUAA